AUGCCCCGCCGCGGGCGCGACAAGGGGCAGGAGCUCAUCGACCUCGACAGCGACGCCGAAGACGAGUGUCAGAGCAAGCGUUCUCGAACAAGUAGAACAACAACAUUGAAGACAUCUGGGAGACCCAAAAAUGUAUUACCUUCCUUUUAUGCUAACCUCCCACAGAGAAGAGUCUCACGCCAUGGAACUAGCAGGAGGAACGAGGCAAAUCAAGACAAGCUGAAUACUGAUAUUUUUGAAUUAUACAUGGAGGAUCUUUGGAAGCACAUUGAUGAAGAUAAGAAGAGUGCUUAUGCGUACUUGGAUUCCUUAUGGUUUAACAUGUAUUACCAUGAGAGUAAUAAACCCAAUGUCCUUAAAUGGAUAAAGUCUAAGAGAAUAUUUUCAAGACAAUAUGUGUUCGUUCCUAUUGUUUGUUUUGGACACUGGAGCCUCCUUAUCUUAUGCCACUUUGAUGAUGCAAACUGCUCGGAUAUUAAGAAAGGACCACGGAUGAUAGUGCUGGACUCACUCAAUACGACAGAUCCGACAAGGUUGCGAUCAGCAAUCAGAAAAUUCAUUGCUGACAUUUACAAGACUGAGGAGCGGGAAGAAAGCAAGCAGUUCAUAAACAAUAUCCGCCUCGAGUUUCCCAAGGUGCCACAGCAAAAUGGGGAUGAAUGUGGAAUUUAUGUUCUUUAUUUCAUCCACUGUUUUCUACAAAACAAAAAACUGGCAGAAGUUCUUGAAAACAAAAGAUUGGAAGAAGAUUUCACCCAGCUGCUUGAUGAUGGCUGGUUUAACCCAGAGGAACUAGAGAACUUUCGCAAGGAUAUCCAUUCAUUCCAAGCGAAUCGGAAUAACAAAAUUGCAGAGUAG